GCUCAAUUGGAGCCACUCGAGGGACCAAUGUGACUUGACCUUACCUCUCUAUCGCAAAACAUGUCUUCUCUUUUAUCGAAGUCGUUCGAAGCUCUCAAGAUUACGACCCCACAACAUACCGGGGAUUCCAUGAGACGACGCCCGUUCAAACUUGUGCGUCCGAAAAGGCAGCAAAUGAACCCGUACACAGGUCUUCCUCAUGUCCAAUAUUACGGAUAUGCAGUCUCUCCUGAGUGGCUUAUUGAAUCUGCGGAGCGACAUUGCUUAGAAGCGUUACCCUCUCGAAAUGCCAAUGACUACGAGGGAACUACCAUAACACAAGCAUACGAGCUCAUUCGGCAUUUGGCGGGCAUCUACAAUCUAGCGUGCAAUUUUUUUUUCAAUCCCAAGGGUCACUCCGUGCCUCCCGAGUGGGUUGCCGCUAUGUACGAACUCGAUACCUAGUGCUGACGGCCAUGACGGAGAGUGUUAAGAUGCCAACAAAGGGGCUUGACCAGCCAAAUGAUAUAUCUAGGCAAAUCUGAAACAUAGCGCUCCACAGCGGUAUACAGAAGCAUGGGGGCCUCGGGCAUCAUGAUUUGCGGACGUGGCUGCAUUAAAUGGAAUGAGUCAUGCGUGCAAGUAGGAGUGCUGUGACACUAAGUAGCUACAGACUAUGGCACAGCCAGUUUACUAAGUGUGAACGGUGUCAAGCCUAGAUUUCGGGAAAUGCAGAAACGAUCGAUCAGUGAUACUACUCUGAUCAAGUCGACCUCACUGUGAC